CAGUGCACUGGUUGGUCCUUCACUGUCUAGUCCUCUGCUCCACAAAACUGCUCCACCAUGGAAUCCAUGAAACGCCAAUUCUCCAUGUACUCCACCGGCUCAGGGAGGAACUACGCCCACAGUGUGAGUGGGGGUGCUGGGGGCCAGGGCACCAGGAUCUCCAGUGUCACCUAUGGAAGCCGCUUCGGUAGUGGUAUGACCGGGAGCACCUUCGACUACCAAUCCUCAGGGUCCGGUGCCACGACCCUGGCCAUUGGUAACGAGAAGAUUGCCAUGCAGCACCUGAACGACCGUCUGGCCAGCUACCUAGAGCAAGUGAAGAACCUAGAGAAGGCCAACAGCAAACUGGAGAUCAAGAUCCGGGAGGUGAUCGAGAAGAGGGGCCCACUAGAGGGGAGAGACUACGCUAGAUACUAUGCUGUCAUUGCAGAGCUCAGAGAAAAGAUCAUGGACAUGAUCAAGGGUAACGCUCACCUGGCCAUCGCUCUUGACAAUGCUCGCCUGGCCUCAGAUGACUUCAGAGUCAAGAUGGAGUACGAGUUGUCCAUGAGGCAGACAGUGGAGGCUGAUGUGGCCCGCCUCAGGAAGCUCCUGGACGACACCAACGUGAUCCGCCUGCACCUGGAAAGUGACAUUGAGUCUCUGAAGGAGGAGCUCGUCAGCCUCAAGAAGAACCAUGAGAACGAUGUAGCAGAGCUGAGGGCACAGAUAACGCAUGGGAGCGUGCACGUGGAUGUGGACGCACCUAAAGGACAGGACCUGGCCCGCAUCAUGGAGGAAAUGAGGGCCAAGUACGAGAGGAUAGCCCUGCAGAACCAGAAGGAGGUCCAGGCAUGGCAUGAAUCUCAGAUCACAGAAGUCCAGGUCCAGGUGACAGAGAACACUACAGCCCUGAAAGAAUCCACAAUAGUGCUGAGUGAAACCAGGAGAAGAUACCAGGCACUAGACAUUGAACUGCAGUCCACUCUCAGUUUGAAAGCUUCCCUAGAGGCCACUCUGAGGGACAUCGAGGCGCGUUACAACAUGGAGGUGGAAAAGUACAACGCCAUCAUCCUCAGACUGCAGGAGGAGCUGAGUCAGAUCCGCACUGAGAUCCAGCAUAACUCCAGAGAGUACGACCACCUCCUUAACAUCAAGAUCAAACUGGAGACCGAGAUUGCAGAAUACCGACGUCUGCUAGACGGAGGAGAUCUCAAGCUUGAGGAUGCCGUUGACUCAAAGACGGUGCAAACCAAAGUGGUGACAGUCACUCAGACCCUGGUGGACGGAAAAGUGGUGUCGGAGAGCAAAGACGUCAAAUCCAGCGAAAAAGCAGUCAACUAAACUUUAGCUAAACUGCUUUUUCGUAUGUAAUAAAAUGUGAAACAGA